AUGAGCCUUUCAUUCCUCUUGCUACUGAUGCCCUUGAUCAUGAGUUCAAAAGUUUGUGUAGUAUCAGCCGAGCGCACCGAGCGUUUGAGGCUACUAGAAGAACAGGCCCUACUUAAAUACGAAGAACUCGUUCAGCUCCGUGGAGCAGUUCAACGGAUGCGUUCACGAUGUGAAUUAGAAGCUAAUACGGAACGCUUGAAAUGUGAUUUUUACGACGCGACGGUCUCAGUGCAUCGACUUAGAACGGAGAUUCUGGCCUUCCUUGGCUGUGCCACAGCCGAUGACCGAUGCAAGAAGGUAAUCACAACAAACGAGGCGAAAUACUUUUGGUCUUUCGUGGAUGAAGUGAAGUCAACUGGCGAAAGGUUGAGCAAUGUCACCUCUUUAUCGUCCCCGCCAGCAUCAGAUUUGGCUAUGUUGCUAAUUGAACAAUCUUUGAAACUUGAUGAGUUGGCAGGGAAUUUGCACCCUGGUGUUGUCGAAGAACGUCUCCGAAAACAGUGCAAUCAAUUGUGUAAUUUGGCGCGCACACUAAAGUGA